AUGGUGCGUUUCGUUAUCAAGCCGCCGCCCGACGAUGCUGGCAAGGCAUGGCCCGCCAUUCUGAUCGGCCUGUUCGUCGCCUUUGGUGGUGUGCUAUACGGCUAUGACACCGGCAACAUCAGUGGUGUCAUCGCCAUGCCCUACUGGCUGCAGCUCUUCUCCACCGGCGCAAAAGACAGCAUGGGAAACCCGGCCAUCACCUCCUCGCAAUCCAGCCAGAUCGUCUCCAUCCUCUCCGCAGGUACAUUCUUCGGCGCCCUCUCCGCCGCCCCAGCAGCAGACUUUUUUGGUCGUCGCAUCGGGCUCAUGAUCGGUAUCUGCGUCUUCAUGUUUGGCGUCGUGUUGCAGACUGCCUCGACCUCUCUCGGCCUCCUUCUGGCAGGACGCUUCUUCGCCGGUCUGGGUGUCGGCUGGUCGUCUGCGACCAUUCCCAUCUACCAGUCCGAGACGGCGCCGAAGUGGAUUCGUGGAACGAUUGUCGGCUGCUACCAGCUGUGCAUCACCAUCGGUCUCCUCAUCGCUUCGGUCGUCGAUCACUCGACCGCCGAUAUUCAGUCAACGGCAUGCUACCGCAUUCCCAUCGCUGUCCAGUUCGCUUGGGGACUCAUCCUGCUCAUCGGAUUGAUCUUCCUGCCCGAGACGCCUCGUAUGUGGAUCAGACGUGGCAAGCCCGACCGAGCGGCGAAGUCUCUGGGCAAGCUUCGCCAGCUCCCCGUCGACCAUCCCGCCAUCAUUGAUGAGCUGGCCGAGGUCCAAGCUACGCACGAGUACGACUUGUCCCUUGGCAAGUCAACGUACGCAGACUGCUUCCGGGGCAACUACGGCAAGCGUCUCUUGACUGGCUGCCUCCUGCAAGCCCUGCAACAACUCACCGGCGUCAACUUCAUCUUCUACUACGGCACGCAGUAUUUCAAGAACUCCGGGCUGAAGAAUCCCUUCCUCAUCAGCGUCAUCACCGCCUCCGUCAACGUUGUCUCCACCUUUCCCGGCCUGUAUCUGGUCGAGUCGUGGGGACGCCGGCCUCUACUUCUCUUCGGUGCCAUUGGCAUGGCUGCAUGCCAGUUCAUUGUCGCUGGUGUAGGCACCGGUAUUGGACUUAGCAAUCAGGCGGGCCAGCAGUGUCUGAUUGCUUUUGUGUGUUUCUACAUCUUCUUCUUUGCAUGCAGCUGGGGUCCCUGCGCCUGGAUUAUCACAGGAGAGAUCUUCCCCCUCAAAACCAGAGCCAAAUCCCUCUCGAUGACGACCGCAAGCAACUGGCUCCUCAACUGGGCCAUCGGCUACAUGACGCCCUACCUAGUCGACAGCGGCCCAGGCAACGCCGACCUGCAGUCCAAAGUCUUCUUCCUCUGGGGCAGCUUCUGCUUCAUCUGCAUCUUCUUCGUCUGGGGCCUGAUCUACGAAACCAAGGGCUUCAGCCUGGAGGAAGUCGACGAGCUGUACUUGAAGGUCGGCCGGGCGUGGAAGUCCAAGGGCUUUGUGCCGACGGUGCGCUUUACGGAGAUUCAGGAGUCGGGCGCGGCGCAUCGAAGUGCGUCGUUGGCGGAGGCGGAGAAGUAUGCCGGGCGGCAUGCUAGUGUUGUCGAGCACAGGUACGACUCGGAAUUGAAGGCGUGA